AUGCCCCUGGGCCAGGCGAUUGUGGCGCACGGCGGCGCUGUCUCCCGCAACCGACUCCAAGACGGUAUCUGGUCGCAGUAUCUCGGCAACCGUGGAUGGUAUGGCAUGCACAUUGUCAUUGGCAUGCCCAUUGUGAUGUUGGCAAUCCCACGCCAUCAGCGGCAAAUAGCGGCAGACGAUGCACGAAGACGAGGAGACACGUGGCUACACGGUUGUUGCGUGCUCGGCAGACGACAAGCUUCUGCCUGGAUUACGUGGGGUCUCGCUGACACGUGCAAGCCCCAAAGGCGAAGAGAGCGGUGCGCCUGCUGCGCCCGCACGGCCUGCGCCUGGUCAUGCUCACGGGCGACAAGGAGGGUACUGCGCGAUCUAUUGGAGACAGAGGUUGGCAUCGACGACGUGUUUGCAGCAGCGUGCAGGAGAUGGAGGCGAAAGGACGACGUGGUGGCGAUGGUUGGCGACGGCAUCGACAUAGAGUCCGCGCACGUCGUUCUGAUGAUCAAGGACAACCUGCUUGCUGGAUGUGUUUUCUGGCCAUGCACCCUAUCGCGUGCGACCGUGCGCCACAUCUACUACAACGUUCAUCUGGGCCGUGUGGUGCAGGUGGUGGACACAGCAACGCGUGCGCUGCCCCAUCGACUGGUCGUGGCGAGUGGCCACCUGUCCAGUGACGCCGACAACGGAGUGCACGCGAUCCGCCAAAUCACCAGCGUCCACGUCUCGGAGAUCCAAUCCAUCGCAGCAGCCGCCACUUCGUCACCUUCUCCUGUGCUCCUGUGGCAUCAUUUUGGCGAGGGCGAUGGCUUCAUCGGCACCAUCAGCAUGUCUGCGAGCGGGGAGCAGCUCCUGCUUUUGCCGGAGGCCUGUGUUUUGGCAGCGUACAUCCUGACCUCCUCCUCCUCCUCCUCCUCGUCGUCGCUCGUCAGUGUGUUCCUGGUCGCUGGCGAAUACGGUGGCGCAAAGUGCUUGAGAUCUGGACAAGCCCUUGUCGUGUGGCCGCUCGGCCGCCCUCCGUUUGGUGGCCAGCACGAUCGAUUAGCGGCAACAGCGGGGGUGUGCACCAGCUCGGAUGGCGAGCGCGUCCCGACCACGCACAUCCUGGAGCAGUGGAACAUGACAUGUGUUGUUAUUGUGCUGUGGAGCAUGCGAGGCUGGCAGCCCAUCACGCAGCACCACGCCGGCCAGUGCAAGCUUCGAGUCAGCCACUUGGACACGCGACGCCAAGCACGUGCUCCUGUAUGGCCGAGCUUCGCGGUGCCGGCUGCCGUUGCUGAGCUGCAGCGAGCCCUGUGCAUGUUCCCUGCCACCGUGAGCACUGCCGUGGAGGAUGCCGAGACAGACACGCCGCUGUCUCUGUUGUCGUUUGCGGCCAGCAAUGCCAGCCACGCGCCCGCACUCCGCGCUCUGUGCCUUAGCUCUACUGCAACACAGAGCAGUGCGUCGUGGACAAGUACAACCACCAGCAGCGGGCAUGAUUGUCUCACUGGGCCAGACAGGACAUUCAUCAGCGAGAUGCGCAGCCGUGCGUUUUGGCACAACCUGCUGAAGUCAUCUGGUGAGCUGGCCAAGCUUGAGGACGCUGGGGCGCGCGUGGUGCCACUGGCGCGUGCAGCACUGGCGUGGUACAUGCUCACCGUCGUCCUCAUCAGUGGCAACGACGUGGCACAGCUGCUGCUGGGUGCAGCCGACGACAACAACCAGGGCAUGAUCCUGGCCCAUCUGCUUCGACAUGCGCUACUUCCUGCUCUGCUCGUCCUCGGCAUCAGCAAUUUGGCUGGGUGGACGUCGUUCCGGCUGCUGCUCAACGACAACACACUGUCGGCCAACGGCCUUGCUGCUCGUUGGCGGUGCUGGCUGCUGCGCAUCCUGUGUGUCAUCUCCAUGGUGCUGCUGAACCUGCUGAUUGCGCUCAUGUCGGAUUGCGCAGAUGUUGAGUUCCAGCUGCUGCGUGACUGA